AUGUUUAAAAAACCAGGUUUUAUUUACGUGUUAAGCUUAAUUAUACUGAAUUUGGCGUUCCAAAUAUGCUAUUCAGAAAAUAUAAGUGGAAAUUAUGGCGAAAAUUCCAAUUUAGUUUUAUGCUUUGACCCUCCUUUUGAGGCUUUGGAAAUUCCUGGAAGGGGAGUUUUAAUGGUACACAAAGGUCAUAGGUUGAUUCCACUUAUUAUUCCAACAGAAUCAGAGUUUUGUGAUAACCCUAGAAACUUAUUUGAUUUGGAAAAUGAUGUUUGGGACCACUUUACUCUCGUUCCUAAAGACCAUGAAGAGUUCUCUCAACUUAUUAAUGAAGCAAAAGAUGUUGCAGAGAAAGAUGAACAAAUUUUUUCUACUCUCAAUGACCUUUUAAUGAAGAAUGACGGCGCCCACUUUGAACAAAAAACUGACAAUAAUACCAUGCAUGUUGUAGAUGAACCAAUCAUUAUACCGGAGCAUGUAUUUCCCCUGCAUGACAAUAACCGUCCACAUGCAGACAUGCAAACAAAUAAUAAAAAUGAAGAAAUAUCAGAUUUUGAGGAUUCAUUAUUAUUAGAUGGAUUCGAAAUACCUAAAAAUGAUGAGAAGGACGGAAUUAGAAUGAGAAUUCUUAUGUUUACAGAGUUUAGUAGAGAUUUUUUGGCAAGAAAAGGUCUUCCUUUGGCUAUUAAGGAAGAGGAAAUGUAUAAUCCAGAAAACUUUGAGUUUUUCAAGUUAAACUGGCCAUCAAGGGACAAAGAUUUGGUAAUUGAAGACCUCCCAUAUUCAAUAUGGAAGGUUUUUUUAGGUAGUGGUGUGCUUACGUCGCAAACAACUACAAGGCUAUCAGAAGAAGAAAGAAAAAAGCUGGUUUUAGAGUCUUUGAAUAAUUUCUUUAAUGGUUUGGAGAGGUACUAUUUACAAAACAUGGAUUCUGAAUUGGACUUUAGAUAUUACCAGUAUUUGAGUGGGAUUGGUAUUGAGAAAGCUUUGGAGACAAUAAAAUAUUAUAGAGAAUCGGAAAAGCUUCAAGCCUUGAGCGGAGAUAAGUCUACAAUGAGUGAGGAUAGUGUUAACGUGUAUUCUGAAUAUCCUGAAUUACCUUCAAGCGACCCCUCUGCCUCAUCAAUAACUUCUUCAUCACUAGUAGUUCCUGAGAAAAGUGAAGAAUCAAGUGUUUCAAGAUCAUUCUCUGCCUCAAAUAAUCAGUUUGAUAAUAGUGCCGUGAUAAUUGAGGAUAAUCAAGACGAAAUUUCACAAAAAAAUGUUAAAAGAGAUGAAGCCCAAGUAAUUGAGGUAGAACCAAAUAAACAACUUGAAAUCUUUACUAUGCUGAGAAUCAAAUGGUUUAGUAUAUUUGUAAAUGAUUAUUUGGGAAGGCUUGGGAUCAACUUUACAAUAACAGAAGAGUCUUGUAAAAAAGCUUCAAUAUUUGAGUUUUUUCAGACUGAAGUAGGUGUUUCAUCAAGCUUACCGAAAGUUAUCUGGACUUUAUUCAUGGAAAAUGGUUUUGAGAGCCGAUUUCCAAACUCCACAACUAUUGAGGAAAAGAUGGAAAUAGUUCAUGAAAUUUGGACAAUGUUCAACCAAAUAGAAAAUGGGGUAUUCGAAGGACAAAUAAUUACAGAAGGCUAUUUAUCAAAGAAAGAUCUCUUGGAUGUGGAAAUAAGAGAGAUUAUGAGACAUUAUUGGGAUAGAAACCUCAAUGAUAUAGCAAAUAAGUUAAUUCACCUAUCAAGACAAAGAACUGGUGAAAAAGAUAGUAGUGAGAUCGAACCUAUUUUAGAGGAUGAACUUAUUCGAAAUAAAGAAAGGGCAAAAGAGAUGGGAAUAUUCAAUAUAGAAAAAAGUGAUUAUGAGUUAAGUAAGACUGGGAAAGUAAGUUCUGAGAUAAGUGACGUUGGAAGUGAUAUUGAAUCCUCAAGAAGUAUGGAUUUUUCUUCAAGGUUUGAAACAAGUGAGAAAUCACCAAUGAGUAAGAAAAAUAAGAAAAAGAAAAAGAAAAGAAAAAACAAAAUUAAAAAAAGUAAAACAAAAAAAGGAAAGAAGGAUGAAUCUAUUCAUAAAGAUGAGAUAGAGAAGCAAUCUGGAGUUUUAAGCAAGGCAAAAGAACUUUUGGAUUCACUUAAAAAGAAGGAACCUGAGACUCUUGUUAAUAAAGCACCCAAAGAAAAUUCUCUACCAGAAGAAAUUUCUUCUGAAUCUACUUUGGAAAAUACUGAAAAAAGCAGUGAUUCUCCAUUAAACUGGCUCAAGUUUGAUCCUUCGAUAAAAAAUAAUUCAGAAGAAAGCGAAUUUUCUGAGAAAUUUGGAAUUAGUGCUUCUCCUUCUGAAAAAAUGGUUGAGAAUUCAUAUGAAUCAAAACAACUUGGAGAGGAUUCUCUUCACUCUCAAAAAGAUGAAUUAGAAGAGAGCUUGAACCAUCCAGAAGUGAUUGAUCAUGUUGAACCAAAUAAGAAUGAAGUUUUAGAAAGUUUAAGUGAUUUGAGUAAAAACUCAGAAAAAUCUGUUUCUGUACAGCCAUCAAAGGAAGAAUCAAACAUAGAUAUUGUUCCAGAGAGUAAAGUAAAUGUCAAUUUGUUAGAUAAUAUUCCAAUUGCUGAUGAAUUUUCCAACAAUGAAGAUUCCAUCCAAUUCGAAAAAAGCAUAACUAGUGAAAACCAUCUAGCCAAAGAAGAAAGUAGAGGUGAAAACAUUGAGAAAACAAAAAGUGAAAUUCCUGAAAACAAUAAUGAGAAAAGUGUGGAAAAACUUAUAAGACCGGAUUCUGGGUAUGAGACAACAUCAAUUCCAGAAGAUAAUAAUUCUGAAUAUAGUUCAGUACCAAAUUACCAAGAAAGAAGUAAGGUUGAUUAUGAACCAACAGAAGAGAAGUCAAAUGACCUAACUGUUUCAGCACAAAAUUCUCCAAAAGAAGAUUUUGAAGUUAGUGAAGAGGAAACAAAAGAGGAAAGUCUCGAAGAAAAAACAAUAGGUGUCUCAGACAAAGAAAAACCUGUUAAAAAGAAAUUUACAAAAAAAUUUGAAGAUAAGUUAUCGUCAUUGUUUAAUAAAACAAAGAAGUUCUUUGGUUUUGAAAAUAAAUCCUCAAAAGAAAAAGAAUCCGAAAAUGGAGAUCAAAAUCAAGACUUAGAAGUCGAGGAAGAGUAUGAAAAUCUAACAAAUAUGGUUAUUUACUUCAUACAAAGUUAUGCAGCUUUAAGAUACAAGUUCGUAGAAGAAGGAGUGAUUGAUAAUUCUUUCAAUGAGAUUAAUGCAAUUGUAAGAUCUUCCAUACACUUUCACCAAGGAACUGUUGAGUUUGACAAUGUGGAUAUGGAAAAGGGGAUUAAAAAUAUAGCGGCAAUGAUGGGAGGAGGUAGUUUCACUGCUUUGAAAUCAGUUGGUUUAACGGGUAAGGAUAUCACUGCAAACUUGAAAAAAUAUUUAUUAAAACUGUAUUCUACAGUAAGAACUGAGAAAGAAUAUGAAAAGAAUAAAAAAUUGAAUACAACUAAUUUUUGGUUAAAACAACAUUUCACUCAAAACUUAAUCAAAGAGGGAAUGAUACCGGAACAAUUAGAAAGACCUUCAGUUAUUGAAAAUAUUCAAAAUAUAGUUGCAGAAUCUACUGAUCCAAAGUUCAUUGAAGUUAGAGCAGAAACUAUCUGUAAAAAAAUCCCUUCAAUCUUGGAAAAGUUUUUUGACAAGUCUUUGAUUCAAGAAAUUAAGCCUCAAGAUUUAAACUGCCUAGCUGUAGUGGCAGUUAAUGAGCUAUAUGGCUUUUCCUUGAGUAAUUCACUUUAUUUAUUCUUGUUUAACUAUAAAACAAAAUACUGGAGAUUCUUAACUCCAAAUAUCUGUAUCUCAAUUUCUCAGAUCUUGGAGAAAGAAUAA